GGCAUAUUCCUAUGAAACAUAGAUAAGCAAUACUUUAGAUCCCUACCUAAAAUACCAUUUGUCAUGAAACAACUAUAAAAGAGCAACCCAAUGCAAUUAUCUAUUCCAGUCAAUUUUACGUAAUUGAUAAAAAAUGUUGGUGGUGCAUCUGAUAUUGUGGGCAACAAUCGCCUUUGUGCGAAGUGAAAAAUUAAUGAACAGUUUUGACGAGUUGAGUGAUUUCUUUGAUUCGAAUGAUUUUCUGGAUAUUCAGCAGGGGAUUAGAGUUAGCAGAGCUGAAGAUCUCGAUGAUAUUAUAGACGAAAAGCCUUUUUUCAAACUCCAUCAUUAUUACAACAGUACAUAUAGAACAGGUAGAAUUAUGAACGAUAUAAGAAGCAAAGAAUACAGCAGUUCGAGGUAUAAGGCCUGUUGGGAGUUUCUAACAGCAUACAACUCCAAAAACCCUGUGAUUGCUUUGGUGGACUUCACAAAAGAGUCCAGGAUCGGUGCAGCGAAUUUCAUAAAGGCUUUGGAGCAAAUGCACCCGAAUGUAAAAGAUAUAAAUUUUCAAUUAAUGUUCUUCAAUACGUCCGGUGUAUCAGUGAUUCUGGAAACCACCGACAACAACCGCACUAGGUUUUACGAGUUAUUGGAAUCGAAUAAAUUGACGCCGGUUUCCGAGAUAAAGCGAUUUCAUGACAAAGGGUCAGCAGCCUUUUUCGCGUUUUUGAAUGCCGCUAAAUUAUUGUCUAGCCAAAAUGCCUUGUUAAUGUUUACAGAUAGGAUAAUUAUUGAUGAGGAUUUGUCCUAUUAUGCGGGUAAAUUUUUGUCAGAAAAAAAUUUAAAGGCUUAUGUUGUGUGGGGUGGUCCUUACCCCACACAAUUUGGGGAAUACGCGUUGCUUAAAGAGCUAUGUGAGCACACCAACGGGAAAUUUAUCGUUAAUCAGGACAGUACUUUAUCUUCUUAUUAUAAAAGGGUUUAUCAUGAAAAUGCAGUUUAUAACGAUGGAGUUUCCCUUUUAAGCAAGCGUUUUGAUUUAGUGGGAUUAUCCAACAUUUCUAUCCCGGUUGAUACUGAAGUCACUGCUGUUCAUAUAGUGAUAACUCCAGGAAUAACAUUGGGAACUUUAACAGGGCCAAAACGAAAAACUUCUAAUCUAAUGGAUUCGGGUGAUGUCGUGCGUAUGGGCGCAGGGUCUUUUCUUGACUUAAACGACGACUAUUACGAAAUUCACAUAAACUGUAGAAAUUUAGCAGCAGCUGAUUUUGGCGUUUGGAAUUUGACUUUGACGAAUGGAGACAGUCCAUUUAAUGUUAGUGUUUAUGUGUUCACCAAACUGGAGGCCAGCACCUUUGUUUACCAAAAAGCCAACCAAACAGAUCCGGAUAAUAGUUCAUCUAAUAUAGUCCAGUUGGACCUUAUAGGUAAAGCUAGGGUCGUACAAGAUAUUCAAUUCGUCCAUAAAAAUGGCACUUUGAUAACUGACAAUAAAGAGGAACCGCAUAUGGCAAUAUGGCGGAAAGAAAAUUCCAGUUCUAACACGUCCGCAGAUCCCCUUGCAAUUAAAUACCCUGUUAAGGCACUUCCAGAUGACCCUUUUUACGCUGUGGUAAAUGGAAUGGAUUGGAAAGGGUACAAAUUUUCCAGGCUUUCCUAUAUCAACCCCAAGGAAUACAAGAACAUAUUUCCGAAACCCCCCCUAGCAAUUGAAGUAGGAGAAAACUCGGACAUAGUCAUUUCAAAUACCCUUUCCAGCAGGCCACAACUAUUUUUUGAAGUCACCAAUCAAGGUUCCAGAGUGGCGAACCUACAAUUCUCAGUUAGCGAUGAAAAAUAUAUGUUACUAUCACUAUAUCCCCGAAGAAUCAUACUGGGCCCGCAGGAAACUAGAAGUGUUACCGUAACACUAUCACCCCGUCAAGGUUCUUUUUCGAAUACUGUUACAUUUACCGCGUAUGGUGGAGAAAUAGUCGAGAAAAGGGUCGAAAUUGAAGUUGGAAGAAGAUUGGACUAUGACGUGAAAGAACCUGAAUUGAACUGGAAAUAUACCAGCGAUUGCACCGAUAAAUUAGUAAAAAAAUGCGAGGAUGGCACUUGGACGGUAGAAAUUAGAGUUAAAGACGUUGGCGUGGGGUUGUUACAAGUUACAUCGAAUCCUAAGGGGGUCUAUUUUCCAGAUGGGUACACCACCGGAACUAGAGAUGAAAUUACAGGAUAUUACAGCGACUCAUGUUGUAACUCAGAUCUAAAAAUUAUUGCUAUGGAUAGAGCCAAGAACAUUGCUAUAAGAGAGGUCAAUCCAUACCGUACCUUAUGGAGCCCAGGUGCUAUAGCAGCCUUAACUAUGGGUUCUCUAAUAUUCUUGGCGUUCAUUGUAAUAAUAGUUAUGGCAAUAUGUAAAUGUUGCAAGGAGAAUGCCACUUUUGACUUGCCUACUUACAGAGGAAGGACUUACCCUUAUUAAAUUAAAAAUUUAAUUAAAUUAGGUCUGAUUUUUAUAUUUUUAUACUUUUAUAUGCUCUUAAACAUAGUAGAUAUUAUUAUAUGUAGAGUUUCCUGGUUAUUAUAUAAAAAUUUCAAA